GGAAAAUAAACAAACCCAGAAUCCGUUCCUGUGCAGACUGAACAUGGCGGCCUCGGGAGCCGGGUCUCCAAGCCGGCUGGUCCAGUAUGUUGUUGUCCGGUCGGAUCUGGUUCAUAAGCUGUCCUGGCCCCUGGGGGCCGUGAUAACACAGGCUUGUCACGCUGCUACCGCCGCCAUCCACCUGCACUACUCAGACCCAGACACGCAGCAGUACCUGGCAGAGCUGGACUCCAUGCAUAAAGUAGUGCUUGGGGCUCCAGACGAGGCCGCCCUCUCCGGUCUGUCAGAGAACCUGACUCAGGCUGGUGUGUCCCACAAGCUUUGGAUCGAACAGCCGGAGAACAUCCCCACGUGCCUGGCUCUGAAGCCAUAUCCUAAAGAGACUGUCCAGCCGCUGCUGCGCAAGUUCAAACUCUUUAAAUAAGUUGCUUUGAAAAGUGUUCACUUACACAUUGCAGUGUAUCUUAAUACUUUUCAAAUAACAGCAGAGAGACCUGAGGAGCUUCAUUCAAAAUGUGUGAAUGUUGUCUCUGUCUAUGGAUCAAAACAGCUGUAAUUUACAAGAUUAAAAUCAGAAAAUGA